UGUAAUAUGGGCUCUUGUGAUUGUUUUCCAAUGUUUGCAUUCGUAAGAUUAAAAAAGAAGCAAGAGGAAAUAACUUCUCAGGCAUGACCCGUUCCCAUUUGCUCCAAGGAUAUAAGCAUAAAAGAUCUCAGUAAUAUCGUCGUCACAGCGUGCACCUGUACCUGUCUGCGCAAUAAGCUACCGGUGUUCCCCAUCACUCGAUCGCCCGCUUCAUUUUACCGUCAGUGCUCGAUCAUAGGCGAUUGGGUCGGUCGAUCAAAGGAAGCUCUCGCGCCGGGAUCCAACCACUUAUUAUUUUGUUUGAAACAACUGGAAAAGUAUACUAUUGCUCCAGGUUUUUAAUAUCCGAUCCCUUCUGAUUUUUGCUUAUCCGAGGCACUGCACAGGAACAUACAUGAGUAUAACUAUUGCAGAGAUCUACAACGCCAUGAUUCUCUGAAGUGUUGUACAGGCUGAUUCUAACUGUUGGACCAAACUAAAACCAAAGAUGUGUUAUGUGAUCAUCACCAUCCGCUCGCUCUUCUGGACACUCCUAAGUGUUUCGAUUGUCCUGGGUCACCUGGUGGCCUUGAUGACAUCACAGUGGCUUCUAGGAGAAGAGAGAACUAUCAGCAGUGCCAGCAACCUCUAUGGCACUGAGAACACCACCUCCCCUCAGGAAGUAGUCGGACCGGUAGAGACCUACACCCCUACCCUGGGAAUCUUCAUGAGGUGUGCAGAGAUAUUCCGUGCUAUCGCAGUGAAUGAUGGAGGAUCCAAGCUAAACGAAGUGGAAUGCACAUCGUAUAUCAAUAACUUCAUGGAUUUACCGAGCGGGUUCUGGAGAGCCAUGGUUAUAUUCUAUGCUGCAGGAUUCCUAAUACUUAUAGUCGUUGGCUUCCUUUCCGUGUUUAGUCUCUGCUUCAGGAGUCUGUGCAAGAAAAGUCUCUUCACCGUCUGUGGAUUCAUUCAAGCAAUAGCAGGUUUGCUGAUCCUGCUAGCCCUGGUCCUCUACCCAGCCGGUUGGGGUGCGGAGCGGGUCCAGGACCUGUGUGGACCUGAUGCUGCCCCGUUUCAGCCCGGAACCUGUAGCAUAGGCUGGUCUUUCUUCGUUGCCGUGGGCUCCACGGUGGCUACUUUCCUCUCGGCAGUUCUCUCUGUUCAGGCAGAGAUUGCAACAUCCAGUGAUGAUGUCCAGGAUGAGAUCCUGAAAGGAAAGUACAUUAUAUGUCUACCAUGAUAAUCUACAGCUGCAUGUUGAGGGUCAUCAUUACCAAACAGAACUAGACCUUGGGACAAGGUGAUGUUCUUUGAACAGUUAUGUUGAUGACAAACGGGAUGAACAAGAUAAAGACGUUAAGUUCAUGUUUCUUGGAAGAAAGAUUAGACUUUUCAUUAUUGUUGCUUGUGUGGACAUGUUACUAGAAACAUACAGGUUUGUUUAUCAUUUGUGGUGAUGCCAUUCUACAUGACAUCACUGUUAUUGUUGUUUACUUGGAGAUAUCAUAAACAGGGCUGAUGAUCAAGGAAUAGGAUUGCAUCAUGUCAUUAUUUCAGCUAAAGACUUUGUAAUAGAUCUUAAGUCCUAUGCUUUUUGUUCAGUCGUCACGGUUCACAAAUUAAAGCCUUGAAUUCCUAAUCUGAAAUCGCAUCCCUUAUGAGAGUCUUGCCGUUGAUAUCAUAAUUGUUAUUUUCCCUACAAGAUGUGUCACAUUCAUCUUGGCUAACCUGUUACUCAUCAGUCAAUUUUUUUUACAAUCAAAACAGCUAAGAUCUGACACAAUCACUGUAUGAUUAAUCCAUGACUUAGACCAUGUGGAAGCGCCGUGGUGUAGUGGUUCUCACUCUCGCCUUGUAAUCAGAGGGUCGUGUGUUCGAAUCCCA